GGAAUUGCCACGUAGACAUAGCCAGGAAGACAGAACAGAAGAAGCUGGCUGAGGCUCCAUCCACUCACGCUCACCACUGUUUUUAUAACGUGCUUUCCAACAGUUAAAAACUCCUCCUCACAACUGUCGCCAAAAACCCACGCUUCCCAUUUCUUUGCGUUCUGUGAGGUAUCUGAGAAAGAAGGAGAGCCGGAGAGAAAGAUGUGGUUUUUUAGAAGAAAAGGGCCAUCUGGGUUCUCAUCGUCUUCAACGGCAGAAGAAGUUACUGAAGGGAUUAAUGCCAGUGGUCUCACUGCCAUUGUUACAGGAGCAUCCAGUGGUAUUGGCACCGAAACUACACGUGUUCUUGCACUGCGUGGUGCCCAUGUGAUUAUGGGAGUGAGGAAUAUGGCUGCUGGUAAAGAUGUGAAAGAAGCAAUAGUUAAGGAAAUCCCCACUGCCAAAAUUGAUGCCAUUGAAUUGGAUCUCAGUUCAUUAUCAUCUGUGAGGAAAUUUGCCUCAGAGUUUAAUUCCUCUGGUCGUCCUCUAAACAUUCUAAUUAACAAUGCAGGAAUUAUGGCCACCCCUUUCAUGCUUUCGAAAGACAACAUAGAACUUCAGUUUGCCACAAACCACGUAGGUCAUUUUCUUUUGACAAAUCUUUUAUUGGAUACUAUGAAAAAAACAGCACGUAAAAGCAGCAAAGAAGGGAGAAUUGUAAAUGUGUCCUCAGAAGCUCACCGGUAUCCAUAUCGGGAAGGAAUCCGUUUUGAUAAAAUUAACGACCCAUCAGGGUAUAGCAGUUUUGCUGCAUACGGUCAAUCCAAGCUUGCUAACAUUUUGCACGCUAAUGAGCUUGCAAAACGUUUAAAGGAAGAUGGAGCAGAUAUAACUGCAAACUCACUUCACCCUGGUGCAAUUGUUACGAAUCUUUUCCGUCACAACAGCACCAUUAGUGGGCUUGUUAAUUUGCUCGGUAGAGCUGUGCUUAAAAGUGUUCAGCAGGGUGCAGCAACAACAUGCUACGUGGCACUGCAUCCACAAGUGAAGGGGGUAACAGGUGAAUAUUUUUCAGACAGUAACCUAGCCAAGCCAAGGCCACAAGGUCAAGACUUGGACUUGGCGAAGAAACUCUGGGAUUUCAGCAUGGUUUUGGUGAAAUGAUUUUCUGGAAACUCAUCACAUAAUACUGUAAUUGCUAUAUAAACAUUUACAUAAUGCACAUUGGAUAUUCCCUUCAAACGACAGAGAUUGGUUUGUCGUUUGACAUCUUGUAUUAACUUCAGAAAUUUCAUCUUUCAGUAAACUCAUACCUUAAAACCA